CCUCUCGAAUCAUGAUUUUCAAUGUGAGAACUUUUCAAAUGCAAACCCUGCUCUUCUGGAAACCAAAAGGAAAACUUUCUUUUUGGCCAUCAACCUGUGGUUUAAGAGAAAUUUUUACAGUUAAUUUUACCCUGGGGAAACCUCACGAAAAAUGGAAGGAUUGGAUCAGUGUUGUUGGAUUGGAAGUUCAUGCUCAAAUAAAUACUAGUUCCAAGCUCUUCUCUGGUUCAGCAAUGAAAUUUGCCUCACCUGCCAAUACCCUUGUUUCUUUGUUUGAUUGUGCUAUUCCAGGAACACUCCCAGUUCUAAAUAAAAAAUCUGUUGAAGCAGCUAUAAUAACUGCAUUAGCUCUCAAUUGUAACAUUAACUUAGUAUCAGAGUUUGACAGAAAACAUUAUUUCUAUGCAGAUAUGCCAGCUGGAUACCAAAUCACACAACAAAGAAUACCACUUGCUGUUGAUGGGCACCUUGACUUUGCUGUAUUCAGUCCAGCAGUUCAUAAAGCACCUUACAAAAAGCAAUCAAAAAUUAAACAGUUGCAAUUAGAACAAGACAGUGGCAAAAGUCUGCAUGAAGAAUCCAGCUUUGGGAGCCUUAUUGAUCUGAACCGCGCAGGCGUUGGUUUGAUGGAGCUUGUGUUUGAACCUGAUCUCAAGGAUGGCGAGGAAGCUGUCGCAUGCAUUUCAGAACUUGUUAGAAUUUUACAAAUUUUAGGAACCUGCGACUGCAAAAUGGAAGAGGGUUCCCUACGGGUUGAUGCAAAUGUUUCCGUACAUAAAGUCAGUGAUAAUUUUGGAACCAGAACAGAAAUUAAAAACUUAAACAGUUUACGAGCACUGAGCCGCUCAAUUGAUUACGAGAUUUCGCGCCAAAUUGGCGUGCUGGAGAAUGGAGGCAAAAUUACAAAUGAGACUCGCGGAUACGAUCCUCAGCUUAGAACCACGUUAUCAAUGAGGGAUAAAGAAGAAAAACAAGACUAUCGCUACAUGCCUGAACCUAACCUUCUGCCCUUAAAUCUGCUAGAACUGAAGUUGCAUCCAUCAGAUUUCAGAGCACGUAUUCCAGUUUUGCCAGAGCAACAACGUACAGUGCUGAUGAACAAGUACCAAUUAUCCUUGGAAACAACAAUACAACUUGUGAAUGGCGGUAACAUCGGAUAUUUUGAAGAUGUUAUGAGAGCUCUGCCAAAUCUCCCAGUUAAAAAAGUAUGCAGUUUACUACUCACGGACAUGCUUGGUCUUCUGCACAAAGAUGAGAAAACGAUACAUCAAUGCCCUGUUCACCCUCAACAAUUUGCCGAGGUUGUUGAGCUUGUGAAAAACAAAACUAUAACCCAUGCGACUAGUCAAAAUUUACUUUCUAUUCUCUAUCGUGGUGAUAAGCGUAAGCCGAAGCAGGUGGUAGAGGAAGAAGGAUGGGCAAUGAUUAAUGACUCCAAAAAACUCGAAGCUAUCUGUCAACAAAUAUUGGCCGUAAACCCGAAGGCUGUAGUCUCCUUUCGGGAAGGGAAAACGAAAGUUUUCAAGAGCUUAAGCGCGCAGCUAAAAAAAAAGUGUAACGACAAGUAUGAUAUGGGGGAAGCAACGCAAACUCUGAGAAGGCUGUUAGAAGAGCGAGUGGAGUAAUAAAAUAAAAAGUUACAAAAUAUUUCCGUGUACUUGCUUGGUGUACGAAUUGACACCUGGCCAAUGCUAAUAAGGAAAAAAUAAAGAACAGAAAAAACAGUAA